AUGUCCAAACGCUCCAGAAGCCAUUCACACUCCUUGUCGGACCUGGAGUCACAACCAAGGUCACCAACAUAUCAAGGUAGCACCACACCUCCCGUCUUGGAACGAGCAAAGAUUGCACGGGAUUCGAUCCCCGUCACCGAGGUCAUGCAUUGUGCGCUACCACCACAUAGAGAGACGCUGUCAUUCACCUCCUAUGAGGACUAUGAAAUUCAUUACAUCCAGGCUCAUGUCAAUCGCUGCUCACAGUGUAGCAAGAACUUCCCUACGGCUCAUUUUCUAAAUCUUCAUAUCGAAGAGAACCAUGAUCCUCUUGCAGCGGCUCGAAGGGCACGAGGGGAUAAGACCUCGUAUAAUUUUUACGUCAUUAAUGAUGGAAUUGACAAGCAAACCUCGUUGCUGCGGCCAAUGAAUAGCGACCGCAGCCGACGGCGCUUCUCCACGGCGUCUAUCUCAUCAGUCAACGAGGGACGGCUACGGCGGCGAAGCUCAGCAUCUCAAACAAUUCCUCCACCAAUCCAAGCAAAUACCCCGGCUCCGGAUGAUAUGGAGAUCGAUGACCUCGAGAGGUCCAUGUCCGCACUUCGAUUUGUGCCUGCUAGUGUGACGAGGAACCGGGCGAAAGGAUUGAAAUCCAGUUCUUAA